AUGCCGCCGCCCUCUACGCACCGCUCCCCAUACACCUUCUGGCUGCGGCCUGCAGGUUUCUCCGGCCGGCCACGACUGGCAUAUACUACCCUGGUCGCCACGUGUCCCAGCAAGCACUCCAUCUGUCCUUACUUAACGGUUCAGUACUAUCCACGCGGCGGCGACGACGACAACACGACCAGAAGCAACCCGACGUGCGCCAUCGCCAACAUUGAGCGUUUGGCCACGGCCGGAUGCGCCGCCCUCAAACGGCGCAUCGAGCUGCGCGACAAGACCAACCGAAUGAGUCGCCAUGGGCCGCUUCCUCGGCCGGACGGCUGGCAGCAGGACAAGGAUGCUGCUGGUGGCUGCAACAGCAGGCCCGAAAAGAGCGGCCACAGCGACAUGUUGCACUUCCUCGUGCUCAUCUCGCCCGACAAGUACAGCGUCUGCACCGGCGGGCGCUCCGACCGUGGAGAAGGCGGCGGUACGCAUCCGCCCCGAUCGGGAGGCCCGCCCUCGCACGCCCCCAGCACGACCACGGACCGCCAGCCCAGAAGCAUAAUUAGCGCGUCCGACACAUCCCGAUCCUUCCUCGCGCCGCCUCCGGUGCGUCCGCCGGAUUCCAUCCUCCCGAGCGCCGCCGUCAUUGGCAGCACGUACGAUGCCGUCGUGAACCGACGAGGCGCAAUCAAGCAUCAGCAGGCGAAACAGCCCAAGUACCGCGUCAGGAACCUGGCCGUGGGCGUCGGGACCGAGCGGGAAAUGAUGAUGGGCCUGGUCGAGUGGGUCAACGCGAUUCAUGGCUGGGCGCUCGGCGUCCAGGUGCAGGCGGACCUGGACGAUUUCCGAGUGAACAGGUAUCGGCCGCGUUGAGGAGCAGCACCAUGUUAACGAC